GUGAAGACUCUCUUCUACGGAGUGUAGGGUGGAGAGGCCGGGCGACUUGGCACGGCUCGGAGAGCCUGGACUCGGACUCGCCUCCACGGGAGCGGCCCACGGGGCGCUGUUCGAAUGCCGGAGAAUAUAAAUUGUUGAGUAAAAAUUGAUUGCUUUCUGGACCUGACUGGUUUAUAGUUUCAGAAGGAACAAUGGAAAGUCAAGAAUUUAUUGUCCUAUAUACUCAUCAAAAGAUGAAGAAGUCAAAAGUGUGGCAAGAUGGCAUUCUGAAGACCACUCACUUAGGCAACAAGGCAAUUCUAUAUGAUGACAAAGGAGCAUGUUUGGAAAGUCUAUUUCUUAAGAGCCUCGAGGUGAAACCUGGCGAUGACUUGGAAAGUGAGCAUUACUUAAUCACGGUUGAGGAGGCUAAGGCUGCUGGAAGUAGAGGUGUUAAACUGGAUGGCCCUAGAGAAGCUCUGGAGUCAGGUCCAAGGACAUUUAUAUCCUCGAGCCGGUCUCUUGGGUGUCAGCCCUCUGGCUUAAAAAGGAAGGCUACUGGAUUUCAAAUACCAUAUAAGGCACCAAAGAAAGUGACUGUUACAGAAAAUGGUGAAUCCGUUGCCUCAUUUGAUGAUUUGAAACCUGGCCCGACACUUCCUCUCCCGCUCCCUAGCACACUUCCUUUGUUUUCUACUGUUGGUGAGAAAGAUAUGAAUUAUACACUGGCGGUCAGUGAGAAUACGUUCAGGAACAGAGAGAGAAGCAACAGGCCUUUUUCCCUUGUGUCUUCAUCCUUUGGUGUUAACUCAGACAUACUAAGGAGAGAGGACAAGUUUUGCUCUCCUGUCACCUCUGCAACCCAGUAUUCAGAUGCUUUACUGGGCAUUGAGCCCACAAGAAGUAAUAGUUUGGAAUCUCACUGUCCUGGAGUUUCACAAAACCUCAGGAGCAAAGCACAAAUAUUAGCUCUUCUGAAGUCCAAAUCAGCCAACAUGAGUAAGAAUCUGACUUUUGAGAUACAACCACAGGGGUGCUCCAAGACUACUUCUAAGCUAGAGGAAAAGUAUGCUGAGAGAAAGAGCUCAGCAAAUUCACUCUGUGAGCUACAGGCAGAAAACCCCACAAGAGCUACAAGCCGGUGGACCAUGUAUUUAUCCUCCCAGAGAUCGCCUCCCUGUUCUCCUAGAGAUGAGAAUGGUAGAGAGGACAAGCCUGAAGCCCAAGGAGAUAUGAACAUUUUUAAUUUGUCUGAACUUUUGGUGGAAAAAAAGGCAGAGCUCUUCGAAACAUGUGCUGAAAAGGGAGAACUAUACCGUGAAGACAAGCCAGUAGACAAUAGCUGCCAGAGCUGGAAUCACAAAGAAAACUUCAGAGCACCUCUGUUCUGUGAGAACAACAACUUACUGGUUAACUGUAGUAGUAAAGAAAAUGUUGAUUUAUUAUUAGAACCUGACAUUCAGAACAAUAACAAAGUCACUUCUAAUCAAAAUGACAAGGAGUGUAUGGGAGCUUUGCUUUGCACUGGAGAAAGUAUUCUGGUGGCAGAUGCAGAUGCCACACUGGAACAAGAGUGUAUGUCCUGUUUAUCAGUAUCGCCGUUGCCAGAAGUAGAACAUAAACACAUUGAAGUCGAACCUUCUCCAAGUAAGAACUCUAGCAUCUCUGAUGACAUUGCAGACGUGGGUUCUAAAAGUGAUGCUGAUAGAGGAAGUCUGGAUACUAUUCAUAAAUCUUCACAACCAUUUCUGGAAGUUUCUUUUAAUCUGAGCAAUUUUGAGGACAGUGACACUGAUGAAGCAUCACAAGAGGACGACAAACUCUCCCAGGACUCAGAGAGUAGAGAAAAGGAAAUUUUGCCUACAGAUGAUUCAUGUGUUCUAAAGAGCUGUGGGGGUAUAGGCUACCAAGAAACUGCACGGCAACUCUUGCCAUUCCCAUCCUCUGCCAGUGGCAAGCCUAAAGAUGUCCUUCCUGCUAACGAGACGCUGCUGUCAGAGUUUUGUGAUAGAACCUGUGUUGGUUUUUACACAGGACCUCAUGAAGAUGCAAACCCUAGAGAAGCAGUGCUGGAGCGGGGUGGUGACACAGGGAGCAGUCUGGACUCAUCGCAGGAGUGGAAUGAGGAUGUGCCAGGAGAUAGCAGAGACGAUGCUAAUAAAUCUAUCCAAAGAGAUGGGACUAAUUAUGGUAUUGUUUCACCCUCAAAUACACCCAAAGGUAUAAAUACAUGUUCACAUAUUCCUUAUUUUUUAAACACAGUCACAACUCCAGCUCCUGAAAAUGGUGACCUCUUCUCAGAAGGUACCCAGCCUCAGCCUUUUACUUUGGGAAGUCACGUAGGUAAUGAGCAGCUUUUAUCACCAGUCUCUACCAGAGGUGUUAGUAUCCAGCUAUUGAAAACCACUCAGCAUCACUCUGAAUGUCGUGAACUAGAUGAAUCCAACACCCAGGUUUCUAGCUCUUUAUUUUACCCGGUAGGAACAGAACAUCCUAUUUAUAAAGACACUGAAGCAUACAUUCCUGAAUCUGAAGAUUUAGGGUGGAUUAGAAGUUUGCCAUGUGAUCGUUUUGCAGUGGAAACUACACAGAGAAGCAAACAAUCCUCAGCUACUUCUAGAAAUUCUUCAGAACUUUCUGAAGUAAUAAACAAUAUGUCCCUUUUAAAGUCACUGUCUGAGCAUGGCACAACUUUAGGAAGCUUGGCAAUACAGAAUGAAAACCAUGCCUCCCAACAAGAAGCUCGGCACAUACAAGACCCAGAUGUCAGUCCUGAAGGAUUGGAAAACAUUGGUUUUUUGGGGAGUAAAAACCUUCAAAGGUUUCCAUGUGCAACCAGAGCCUCAGUUCCCUUCAUUACUUUGCCUCCCGAUAAUGGGCCAGCAGUCUUAGAGUCCUGUUCAUUUAUGGCUGAUGACGACACACGAGAGUCCUCUAGUUCUUCUGUGUUAAACCUGUGUGAAGAAUCAGUUCUUUCAUUUGACCUUGGGCCUGAGGACCAGGGUGAGACUUCUCGCUGGAAAGGAACUCUAGGAGUUCUUCAUAAGAAUUCUGUGCAAAGCAAGUGGCUGAAAUAUCAAAACACAUCCCAGUGCAGCUCAGCUGCUCUAGGCAGAAUUGGCGGUGAAGUGGCAGAGGACAGUGAGCAGCAGAGGAAUGCUGUGAAGGAAAGCUCUGUAGACCCUGUGCACUUGCAGAGGAUGAAAGGCAUGCUCUAUCAACAACAGCAGGACUUUAGCAGUCGAGAGUUGGCUUCCAGAAAGAAAGCUUUUUCUCUGACCUCAAAGCAGACUUCCGAGACAGUGGAAAUUCAAGCUAUGUUAGGAAGCCCCGCCAGCUACAACUCCAGAGGCAAAGAUUUACAGGAGAUAAAUGGUUCUGAGCUGUGCUUCCCAAAUGGGCAGAAAAUAAUAUCAGCUUAUCUCCCUCAAAGGCAAGUUUACGUACCAGCUGUUUUCCAGUCUCCCAUUCACUAUAAGCAGAUCUUUACAUCUUCUAUCAUAGAGCAUCUGAAUAUAUUGCUAUUUGAUUUGGCGCAAAGGUUGUACAAAGCACUUUCCAAAGUUGACAUAUCCUUUUAUACAUCGUCAAAAGGAGAGACACUAAAAAGUGGAAAAAAUCAUUUACCAUCCUGCCAUCAUAAUCAACCUGCCAAACUUGUCAUGGUUAAAAAAGAAGGCCCAAAUAAGGGUCGUCUCUUUUAUACAUGUGAUAGGCCCAAAGGUAAGCAAUGUAAAUUUUUCAAAUGGUUUGAGGAAGCAACUCCAGGACAGUUAUCACAGGAUGAGUCUCAGCCCAACAUGGUUUUUAAUGAUGUUAAGAGUAUUGGCUCAUAUUUAAGAAGUCAAAAGAUACCGGUCUAUGAGGAAUGCCAGCUUUUGUUGAGGAAAGGAUUUGAUUUUCAGAGGAAACAGUACGGUAAACUAAAGACGUUUGCAACUGUGAACCCUGAAUUUUGCAGUGAAACAAAAAGUAGGAUUUAUCUUAAACUGAGUCGGAAGGAGAGCUCUUCAGUUUAUAAUAAAGGUGAUCUUUGGGUGAUUUCAAAAACCCUAGACUUCCAACUAGAUACCUUCAUUGCAUGCAGUGCCUUCUAUGGGCCAUCUUCUGUCAAUGAAGUGGAGCUGCUGCCUUUGAAAGGCUAUUUCCCUUCUAACUGGCCCACGAACAUAACAGUCCAUGCAUUAUUGGUUUGUAAUGCCAGCACAGAGCUGACGACACUGCAGAACAUUCAGGACUACUUUAACCCAGCGACUCUUCCAGUAAUGCCAUACCUGUUAGCAAUGUCUCGGCCAGCUACAGUUAGCAAUAAAAAUGUCAGUAAAAGAAAAUUUAUCCCACCAGCUGUUGCAAAUAUUAAAACAAAAUUUGAACUCCUGAACCUGGGAGCCACCCUGCAGUUAGCUAGUGAGUUGAUUCAUAUACACAGGCUGAACAAGGAUCAAGCUACAGCACUAAUUCAGAUAGCUCAAAUGAUGGCCUCUCAAGAAAGUGGUGAAGACGCACUGGAGCCCUGCACCCCUCCCCUGCCUAUCACAAUCAUUCAUGGUGUUUUUGGAGCAGGCAAAAGCUAUUUGCUGGCUGUGGUGAUUUUGUUCUUUGUACAACUGUUUGAAAAGUGUAAUGCUGAAACAGUUGGAAAUGCAAGGCCUUGGAAGCUUCUCAUUUCUUCUUCCACUAAUGUUGCUGUUGAUAGAGUGCUUCUUGGGCUUCUCAGUCUUGGAUUUGAAAAGUUCAUCAGAGUUGGGAGUGUUAGGAAGAUUGCCAAGCCAAUCUUACCGUACAGCUUGCAUGCUGGUGCAGAAAAUGAAAAUGAACAAUUGAAAGAACUCCAUGCAUUGAUGAAGGAAGAACUGACUGCUAUAGAAAGGGUUUAUGUGAGAAAAAGUAUCGAGCAGCAUAAACUGGGGACCAAUAGAACUCUGCUGAAGCAGGUUCGAGUUGUUGGCAUUACCUGUGCAGCCUGCCCAUUCCCAUGCAUGAAUGACCUUAAAUUCCCUGUGGUUGUGCUGGAUGAGUGCAGCCAGAUGACAGAACCAGCCUCACUCCUUCCUAUUGCAAGGUUUGAGUGUGAAAAGUUAAUUCUUGUUGGAGACUCCAAACAGCUGCCUCCUACAAUUCAGGGUUCUGAUGCAGCUCAUGAAAAUGGAUUGGAACAAACUCUUUUUGAUCGGCUUUGCUUAAUGGGUCACAAACCCGUUCUGCUGAGAACCCAAUACCGCUGUCACCCUGUCAUCAGUGCCAUAGCUAACGAUCUGUUUUAUGAAGGAAACCUCGUGAAUGGCGUCUCAGAGACAGAGAGGAGCCCUGUCCUGGAGUGGCUGCCCACGCUAUGCUUCUAUAAUGUUACCGGAGCAGAGCAGGUUGAAAGAGAAAACAGCUUUCAAAAUGUGGCAGAAGCUGCUUUUACACUCAAGUUAAUCCAAUCACUGAUUGCAAGUGGAAUAGCGGGCUCCAUGAUUGGGGUGAUAACAUUAUACAAAUCACAGAUGUACAAGAUUUGCCAUUUACUGAGCGCUGUGGACGCCGGCCAUCCCGAUGUUAAAGCUGUGCAGGUGUCCACAGUGGAUGCCUUUCAGGGCGCUGAGAAAGAGAUCAUUAUUCUGUCCUGCGUGAGAACGAGACAAGUAGGGUUCAUCGACUCAGAAAAGCGAAUGAAUGUGGCGUUGACCAGAGGAAGAAGGCAUUUGUUGAUUGUGGGAAGCUUAUCCUGUUUGAGGAAAAAUCACCUAUGGGGGCGUGUGAUCCAACACUGUGAAGGAAGGGAAGAUGGAUUGCAGCAUGCAAGCCAGUGUGAACCACAGCUGGACCGUCUUCUUAAAGAUUAUUUUGAAAAACAAGCAGAAGAAAAACAGAAGAAAAAGGAAAAAGAAAAAUCUAAGGAUAAAUCUCAUUAACAAAACCCACAACAACAAAAAACAUGGCCAGGAGUAUUAGUAUUGUAAAUUCAGAAUUGUUUUAUACUGUAUAUUUUUAAUAUUUUUCUUUACUGUAAAGCCUCUGAUACAAAAAAGUUGCAUUAUUUAAACACCAUGCUGAAUAAGUGCAUGUAAGAAUUUGUUCUUUAAAAAGGGCUGCAUUUUAUAUUAAGACAGGCAGAUGUUUGUGUGACAGGCAGAUGUCUUGUUUGUGAAAGAAACCAAUUUUUAAAAAGUCAGAAAACCAUUCCUGAGAAUAUCAGUAUGCAUAAAAAAUGUACAGUAGUAUCAGAAGUUCAUCUGCCGACAGCUCCAGUCCAGACCACUAGCAGACUCUUCUGAACUUGAAAUACACGAAUUGUUCCACCACUUAAAAACUAAAACAAUUUGCAAUAAAAACUUUUAAAAAAAUGCAACAGAGAAGGUGGGCACAGCACUAUACUGCAUAGAUGCUUCUCAGGGGAUGGACAGGAUGGGCCACCGUUAGCGCUCUUCAAUUCUCCCCUUGUGUGUGUAUUUGCACAGUUCUUACUGGUAUAUAUGUAGAAUAAAUGGAUAAAACCCUUUUUAUUUUAAAGCUAACAUAUUCUCCUUACAGAAAAAUAUGCAAAAUACAGAAGCUAUGUGAAAGAAAAGAAAAUUACUUAGAAAUUCACUAUUCACUAAUCAUUAACACAUUGCUUUAGUCUUUCUAUAUUUAUAGUCGCUCUGGAAAUAUAUACAUAUAAGUAUCAAACCACUUGAGUCCACAUAAUUCUUGACAUUGUUUAUAAAAGAAUAUAUUGAUAUCCAGAUGGAAAAAAAUGGCAAAGUCUUGAUCAUAAU